CAUUGACGGACAGCGAGAUGAAGCGGCACCUUUCUCAGGUGUCCCCUGUGUGCUGUGUGGUAAAUAGAUAGCUUGUACUCACUGCUGCUCAGAUGGGACCUCGCUCAUGGAGCGGUGACGCACUUUCGUUUCCCAGCAUGCAGCAGGAGCUUUGGCUGAGGGCUCUUCUUGAUACCUGCGUGUGCAAUGAGAUCGGCCGCUGCACAAGCACUCCCGACUAGACCGUCUGAACAAGAGCUCAAAAAUGCCUUAUCCAACAGCGUCGCAGGACACAACCACGUCUCCAACUCCAGCAGACCAGCAGCAGCACCGUCCAGAACAAAGACGUCCUCAGACACUUUUAAUUGUAGUUCUUUGCAUCAUCAUGGCAAUAAUCGAGAAAAUGCAGAUAAAUGUGAUAUUGCCGAGGGUCCCUGGAACCUGAACAACCCGGUGAAAGCCUCGAGGAGCCAUCAGGAGCUUCACAAAGAGCUGUUACUGGCCCACAAAAAGCGGGACAGAGGGCUGGUGGUGUGCUGUAAGCCUGAGCUUCAGAUGGUUCUGGAGAAGAGGAAGAGAGAGCAGACCCAGAGAGAGGAGGGAGAGCAGAGCAGGAGUCCUCUGGAGCAGGUUCUGCUCGAACGACAGAACAAACAUCAGGAGAUGAUGAAGGAGAAGGAGGAGGAGCAGAGGCUACAUGAGGAGGUUCAGCUCUUGGAGUUUGUCCGCGUGAGACAGAACCUGAAGAAAGUCCAUACAGCUCUACAGAAGAACCUUCACUCCUGAAUCUGACUAAAGACAUGCUUCAUUUGCAAAAACAGUAAACAGUGUUUCAGUAUAUUCAUUAUUUUGUUAUUAACCUUUUUCACAGUCUGUUACAGUUCACUACUUUUCAUUGUGUUCUGCAAUAAUUAAUGUUAAAAAACAUACCCGUGGUAAUCUUAAAAUACAAAUUUUAUAAUAACUACAAUUACCGAUAGACCUAGUACUGUUAAACUGUACAAAAUCUGCUGAAAUCAUUCUGUCAUUUUGUUUAACUUUUUUUGUCGAGUGGUGGCCAGUUUUGUUGUAAAACCCGAAAGGAAAUUAAAUAAAAAACGCUACUAUGGUACUUGUUCAACUACAUGGUUGUCCUAUCCAUGUUUUUGAUAAUUUAUUAUUAGUAGUAGUAAAAAUAAUAAUGGGGUAAAGAGCUACCGUGGUGAUUUUUUUUUGUAAUAGGUGUUAAAGUAUUUCUAAUGUCAGUAUUGUAAGU